ACCUGAGAGCUUCAAGUUUUACCUGAAGAACUUUUUGGAUGCUCAGAUUUCAGGCAUGACCAUCUGACAUCAGCUGCAGCUGUCCUGCGAGGAGUCGCCGGCUACGUCUCGGUCACUUCUGGAUAGUGCGAGCCACUGAACUCAACUCCGUGGGGAUCUCUUAUAUGCCUCUGACAAGGUUUUGCCUUCACCAAAUCUUUUACGUAACUACAGAAUGAGAAUAUGGCUAUCAAAUUGCUCCCUCCUGGACCUGACAGUUUGCGUCCAUUUACCAAAGAGUCUUUGGCAGCCAUAGAGAAAAACAUCGAAGAUGAACGCGUCCGAAAAGAAAAGCAGGUCGAAGUGCUUGAUGACGACAUACUCCAACCCAACAUUGGCUUGGAGGCCGGGAAAAACCUACCUCUUAUUUAUGGAGAUCCCGCACCGGAGCUUAUUGGGGUACCUUUGCAGGAUCUAGAUCCUUACUACAGCACCCACAAGACCUUUAUUGUCCUAAAUAAGAGCAAAGCAAUCUUCCGAUUCAGUGCCACCAAAGCCUUGUAUCUCCUGGAUCCGUUUAAUCCCAUCAGAAGAGGAGCCAUUAAAAUUUUGAUCCAUUCAUUAUUCAGCUUGUUUAUCAUGUUGACUAUCUUAACAAACUGCGUUUUUAUGGCCAUGAGCGAGCCACCUCCUUGGUCCAAGAACGUGGAGUACACGUUCACUGGCAUUUACACAUUUGAAUCGUUAACAAAGAUCCUGGCUCGAGGGUUUUGUAUCGACAGUUUCACAUUCCUCCGGGACCCGUGGAACUGGCUGGAUUUCUGUGUCAUUGUCAUGGCUUACACUACGGAGUUUGUCGAUUUGGGGAAUGUUUCUGCCCUCAGGACAUUCCGUGUCCUCCGCGCCCUUAAAACGAUCACAGUAAUUCCAGGACUAAAGACCAUUGUUGGUGCCCUUAUUCAGUCCGUGAAGAAACUUGCAGAUGUGAUGAUCCUCACGGUCUUCUGUCUGGCUGUCUUUGCUCUCAUCGGCCUUCAGCUGUUCAUGGGAAACCUAAGGCAAAAGUGUGUCCGAUGGCCACCACCAUUGGAAGCGUACAUACUCUACGGGGACUUGAACAUCACUUCUGUCAAUAGUACUGUGGAUUUUGGCAACUUGGACUCCAACUCUUCCCUUUACAACACCACAGAACUGUUUUCCAAUGUAUCCAUUGACUGGACACCGUACCUCAAUGAUGAUGCUAAUUUUUACUUCUUGGAAGGAGCAAGCGAUGCCUUGUUAUGCGGGAACAAUAGUGACAGUGGGAAGUGUCCCGAAAGCUACACGUGCAUAAAAACGGGCAGAAACCCCAAUUACGGCUAUACAAGCUACGACUCUUUCAACUGGGCUUUCCUAUCGCUCUUCAGGUUAAUGACUCAGGACUACUGGGAAAACCUAUUCCAGCUGACUCUGAGAGCCGCCGGUAAAACCUAUAUGGUUUUCUUCGUUUUGGUCAUAUUUCUGGGCUCCUUCUACCUGAUCAACCUUAUCCUUGCCGUGGUGGCUAUGGCGUACGCCGAGCAAAAUGAAGCCACCAUCCAAGAAGCCCUGGAUAAAGAGAAGGAGUUCCAGGAGCUGCUCGAGCAGCUAAAGAAACAUCAGGAGGAGCAGGGUCGAAGGAAGUCCAGUGUGGCCUCUUUAGGAAACCUUGACAAUGAGAAGAAAAGGCCUCGGUCAGAAGACGACCUGACCAUGGAUGGUCCUGAGAGGAAGGACCGUAACGGGCGAGCGGUUCCAAAAAUUGUUAUUGAGAAAGUGGAUUCAGUGGAUGAAGAAACAAGUUCGAUGACGUCCGAUCAGCGAAAGAAUUCCAAGGUGCAUUUGGAAGAGCCAACUCUGCAGAAGAGAAUCGGGAGUUCGGCAAGCGUGAUUUCGGAUGCACUGAUAGAAGAGCUGGAGGAAGCCCAACAGAAAUGCCCGCCUUGGUGGUAUAAAUGUGCCAAGACUCUCCUUAUCUGGAACUGGUGUGACCUGUGGGUGAAGUUUAAGGGGUAUGUGCGAUUUGUGGUUAUGGAUCCAUUUGUAGACCUCGGCAUCACCAUCUGCAUCGUCCUGAACACGCUCUUCAUGGCUAUGGAGCACUACCCCAUCACCGAGCAGUUUGCCAAUGUGCUGAACGUCGGAAAUCUGGUCUUCACCGGCAUAUUUGCUGCUGAAAUGUUCUUUAAGAUCAUUGCUCUGGACCCAUAUUUCUAUUUCCAAGAGGGCUGGAAUAUAUUUGACAGUAUUAUAGUCACCCUGAGCUUGGUGGAGUUGGGUCUCGCAAACGUGGAGGGUCUGUCUGUCCUCCGAUCAUUCCGUCUGCUUAGGGUCUUCAAGUUGGCCAAGUCCUGGCGUACCCUGAACAUGCUCUUUAAAAUCAUCGGUAACUCGGUGGGAGCCCUGGGAAACCUCACGCUGGUCCUGGCUAUCAUCGUCUUCAUCUUUGCCGUGGUGGGAAUGCAACUGUUUGGAAAAAGCUACAAGGAGUGCGUGUGUAAGAUAUCCUCGGACUGUACCCUUCCUCGGUGGCACAUGCACGACUUCUUUCAUUCCUUCCUCAUCGUUUUCCGCAUUCUGUGCGGGGAGUGGAUUGAGACCAUGUGGGACUGCAUGGAGGUAGCAGGUCAGGCUCUCUGCCUGAUUGUGUUCCUGAUGGUCAUGGUGAUCGGGAACUUGGUGGUCCUUAAUCUGUUCUUGGCCUUGUUGCUGAGUUCCUUUAGUGCCGACAACCUAUCAGCUUCUGAUGAUGACGGUGAGAUGAACAACCUGAGUAUCGCUAUAGGAAGGAUCACCAGAGGCAUCGACUUUGUGAAGAAAACCUUCAUCUCCCUGCUGCAUUGUAGAUGGAAGGAGAAGACGAAGGAAGAAGCAGAGAAUGAGGACGUGACCAAAGAUGGAAUAUCUCUAAAUCAUGUGUACACCGAACCAGAGCCUAACCUGGACUAUCCUUAUCUCAAUGGGGUGUCCAAGAGAAAUCAAUACAUAAUGGAUGAGUUUGACCAUGUCAAUUUUAUUAACAACCCCCAGUAUAGGAUAGAGGUACCUAUCGCUUCCGAAGAGUCUGACUUUGAUAUUCCAGACACUGAUGAAGUGAGCACUCAAUCCGAGAUAGAAGAGGUGGCCGUAGAACAAAAGAAGAAGUUUGAUGAUGGCUCCUCAGUGUGCAGUACGGUAGAUUACAAGCCUCCUGAGCCAGAUGAAGAAGAAGAUGGUCUUGAACAUAAAGAAGAAGAUGGUCCACAGGAAUGUUUCACAGAAGCCUGUGUAGGAAGAUGCCCUUGUCUCUAUGUCGACAUCACAACAGAAAAAGGAAAAUUAUGGUGGAACAUUCGGAGAACCUGUUUUAUUAUAGUGGAACAUAACUGGUUUGAAACUUUCAUCAUUUUUAUGAUUUUGCUCAGCAGCGGAGCCUUGGCGUUUGAAGAUAUCUACAUUGAGCAGAGGAAAGUUAUUAAGAUCAUGUUGGAGUACGCGGACAAGGUGUUCAGCUACAUAUUCGUGUUCGAAAUGAUUCUUAAGUGGAUCGCGUACGGCUUCAAGGUUUACUUCACCAACGCAUGGUGCUGGCUGGAUUUCUUAAUCGUAGAUGUCUCCAUUAUCAGUUUGACGGCCAACUGGUUGGGUUAUUCAGAACUUGGACCCAUCAAAUCACUACGAACCCUGAGGGCACUCAGACCCUUAAGAGCAUUGUCAAGAUUUGAAGGCAUGAGAGUGGUUGUAAACGCACUUUUGGGAGCCAUACCCUCCAUCAUGAAUGUCCUGUUGGUUUGUUUGAUCUUCUGGCUUAUCUUCAGUAUCAUGGGUGUGAACCUGUUUUCUGGAAAGUAUUAUAAGUGCAUCAACACCACGACCUCGGAGAUGUUUCCACUCAGCGUGGUCAACAACCGUUCGGACUGCUUUGCAUUAAAUUACACAGGGCAAGCGAGAUGGGUCAAUGUCAAAGUGAACUUCGAUAACGUCGGUCUUGGAUAUCUUUCCCUACUGCAAGUGGCAACCUUCAAGGGCUGGAUGGAUAUCAUGUAUGCCGCUGUUGAUUCCCGUGAUAUUGAGGAGCAGCCGUCUUAUGAAAUAAACCUUUAUAUGUAUUUGUACUUUGUCAUAUUCAUCAUUUUUGGAGCUUUCUUCACGCUGAACCUGUUCAUUGGUGUGAUUAUUGACAACUUUAACCAACAAAAGAAAAAGUUUGGAGGUAAAGAUAUCUUCAUGACGGAGGAGCAAAAGAAAUACUACAAUGCCAUGAAAAAGUUGGGUUCAAAGAAGCCGCAGAAACCUAUUCCACGGCCAGCGAACAAAAUUCAAGGUUUGGUGUUCGACUUUGUCUCCAAGCAGCUGUUUGACAUUGUGAUUAUGAUUUUAAUUUGCCUCAACAUGGUAACAAUGAUGAUCGAAACAGACGACCAAAGCCAAGAAAAAACGGACAUUCUCUUCAAGAUCAACCUGGUCUUCAUCGUCAUCUUCACUACGGAAUGUGUGCUCAAGAUGUUUGCUUUGAGAUAUUAUUUCUUUACCAUCGGGUGGAAUAUCUUUGACUUUGUAGUGGUCAUCCUAUCUAUCGUUGGGAUUGUCCUUUCGGAUCUCAUAGCGGAGUACUUUGUAUCCCCUACGCUCUUCAGAGUGAUCAGACUGGCGAGAAUAGGGAGAGUCCUUCGGCUCAUCAGAGGUGCGAAAGGGAUCCGUACACUUCUGUUCGCCCUUAUGAUGUCCCUACCGGCUCUCUUUAACAUCGGGCUCCUGCUUUUCUUGGUGAUGUUCAUCUACUCCAUCUUCGGAAUGUCCAACUUUGCCUACGUGAAGAAGGAAUCCGGAAUAGAUGAUAUGUUUAACUUUGAAACAUUUGGAAACAGCAUGAUAUGCUUGUUCGAAAUCACCACCUCUGCAGGCUGGGACGGGCUCUUGAAUCCCAUUCUGAAUAGCGCCGCGCCGGAUUGCGACCCUCACCUGGAAAACCCUGGAUCUGGCGUACAUGGGAACUGCGGUAAUCCAUCCAUUGGUAUUGUUUUCUUUUGCAGUUACAUCAUCAUUUCAUUUUUGAUCGUUGUCAAUAUGUACAUUGCCAUUAUCCUGGAGAACUUUAACGUGGCUACGGAAGAGAGCAGCGAACCGCUUUGCGAGGAUGACUUUGAGAUGUUCUAUGAAACUUGGGAAAAGUUCGACCCGGAUGCCACCCAGUUUAUCGCCUACAGUCGAAUGUCAGACUUUGUAGAUACUCUGCAGGCGCCGUUACGGAUUGCUAAACCAAAUAAGAUUAAGUUAAUCACCUUGGACCUUCCUAUGGUGACUGGAGAUAAGAUUCACUGCUUGGAUAUUCUUUUUGCAUUGACUAAAGAGGUUUUGGGGGACUCUGGAGAAAUGGACGCACUUAAAGCCUCAAUGGAAGAGAAGUUUAUGGCUGCUAAUCCGUCGAAAGUGUCUUAUGAACCCAUCACCACCACUAUGAAAAGGAAGCAGGAGGAAGUCUGUGCCAUAAAAAUCCAGAGGGCAUUCAGGAGACACCUCCUCAAGCGUUCUGUGAAACACGCUUCCUACGUCUUCCGGCAGAAUCACGAUCAACACUCCGCAGCUGAGGAGCCUCCGGAAAAAGAAGGCUUGGUCGCCGACCGAAUAAACGAUGCCUACGAACAGUAUUUAGAAGGAGGGGAAGGAAAUCAACGUCCAAGAUCCACGAACAGAAGUUCUCAAAGCAGUGGAGUGGAUAUUUAUGUAAGAGAGACUUUUGUGUAGACUCAAAUAAGCCAUGCUAAAGGAGGUCAUUAAGUGUAGAGCUCUAUGAGUAGACAUGCACUGUUCUGAGUUACUGAAUAUCCGAAAUUCAAAAUCUUGGGGAUGUAAUGGUUACUUUUUGGGUUUUUUUAAUAAUAUUUAAGAUAAGGGCAGGCUGUUGCCCUGAAAUCAUCUGGGUUUUUUUUU